AGGUCUUUUGUUUCUCUCGGUGACCUCGGAUUUUCGAAAGAAUUGUCACCAUGUCGGAAGGGACGGCAACAAUCCGCACGCGGAAGUUUAUGACAAACCGCUUACUCCACCGCCUACAAAUGAUUGUAGAUGUUAUGCAUCCAGGCCGAUCCUCGGUCCCAAAGACGGAAGUUCGCGAGAAGCUGGCGAAGAUGUACAAAACCACCUCGGAUGUAAUCUUCUGCUUCGGUUUUCGCACGAAAUUCGGCGGCGGCAAGUCCAGUGGCUUCGCGUUGAUCUACGACACCAUGGAUUUCGCGAAGAAGAUUGAACCCAAGCAUCGCCUUGCCCGUCAUGGGCUCCUUAAAAUCGAGAAAACCGGACGUAAAGUCAGGAAAUUGCAGAAGACCAGAAUGAAGAAGGUCCGUGGUAAGGCAAAGGCUGAAGCAAGUUCCGCUGCCGCCGGACAGAAGAAGGUGCGUUGCUUUUCAAGGAUGGUUCGCGGCGUUCCAACGAUUCGUUUCGUACGUUAUGGUUGCACAAAUCGACCGUUCUUCCACAUAGUUGUCGCGAAGAACCACGUGAAUCAGCAUGGCAAAAUUUUGGAGCAAGUGGGAUCAUACGACCCAAUGCCGAAUGCCCAUAACGAGAAGCUAGUGGCGUUGAACUUCGACCGUAUCCGAUUCUGGCUAGGGAAUAAUGCGAGAAUUAGUGACCCUGUGUUAGAGCUUCUCGGCCUAAGUGGAUUUCUUCCGAUCAAUCCCAGAACUUAUAUGACAGCGUGGAGAAAUCGUCUGAUUGCUCUAGACAAGAAGGAACUAUUGAAAGCAAACGAAAAGGUUCUUGAGAAGUACAAGCAGGCGACUUCCCCUUCGUCGCCGAGUAGAAAAUUUGACAUCGAGCCGCAAUACGAAAAGCCGAGGCUGGCAUGGGUUGAAUCUUUGGCCGAUAUUCGCGGGGGACCGGAGACUGUUCGAGGAAUUGUUCAUCUUCACCCUGAAAUUUUCGCGGACACGCCGGAUUUAACCAUCAUCCAUCGGAAUAUGGUUUGGCAGCGGAAGUAUAAGGAAGUGGAAUGGCACAGCGUUAAAUCGCGAGCAGAAAUGUCUGGUGGUGGGAGGAAACCCUGGCCUCAGAAAGGAAUGGGACGCUCCCGUCACGGAUCCAUUCGGUCGCCACUUUGGAUUCGCGGUGGCGCCGCCAAAGGUCCCCGUGGUCCGACUACCAAGUUUUUCAUGCUCCCGCUCCAUGCCCGAGUCAAGGGCCUACGGUCCACACUGUCUGUGAAAUUCGCUCAAGACGAUGUGAAGAUUGUGGAUGGUUUCACGGACUUACCCACGGAUGAUCCUGAAUUCUUGAAUGAUCUAGUUUCCUCGAGGGUCUGGGGGCCGUCCGUAUUAUUUGUUGAUGAUAUUGACAUCUUCCCGCAAAAUAUCCUGUCUGCUGCGCAGAAUAUUCCCCACAUGAACCUCAUGCCGGUGUAUGGUUUGAAUGUGUACAGCAUGUUGAAACACCGGACCUUGGUGCUAACCCUUGCGGCGCUGAACACACUCGAAGAGCGCCUAUUGUUCCACAUGCAUCGAACCGAUUUCUGGACUGGGAACACGAGAAAAACAAUGCGGAAUGAAAAAUGAUUAAUUCAUAUGUGUUCCUUCGUGUUGCCUUAAAGUUGUUUUUUUUUUCGUG